UGCCAUUCUCUUAUUUCACCAUGUAACACACACUGCGCGAGCAGAAAUAACAAUGGAGGGAGGGGAGAUGUGCGGCAAGAGCGUGAGUGAGGAGGUGAAGCCGGAGUGGGAGGAAGGAGAGGUCUUGAUGCAGGGAGAGGGCGGAGGCGGAGGGGAUGGGGGUGCUGCGACGGCGGCGGGGGAAGCCAUGGCGCCGGUGCAGAUCGACGUGAGGAUGGACGUGGCGCUGCUCCACUGCCAGGCCUGCCUCCUCCCCCUCAAGCCUCCCGUGUUCAAGUGCGAGGCCGCCGGGCACGUGGUGUGCUGCUUCUGCCGCGCCGGCCACGCCGCCCUCUGCAGCCGCGCCGGCACCCACUGCGGCGAGCUGGACACCGUGGUCGGCGCCGCCAAGGUGCCGUGCCCCUACAAGGUGUUCGGCUGCGAGCGCUACGUGGUGUACCACGGCGCGGCGGACCACCAGCGCGCGUGCCAGUGCGCGCCCUGCUCCUGCCCGGAGCCCGGCUGCGUCUUCGUGGGAUCCCGCGCGAUGCUGCUCGACCACUUCGCCGCCGGCCACCAGCGCCACGCGGUCACGGUCCGCUACGGCCGGCCUUGGAACCUCGGCUUCUCCCUGUCGCGCCGCUGGCACGUGCUCGUCGGGGAGGACCGCAGCGUGUUCCUCGUGUCCCUCGGCCCGCUCGGCGCUGCCACCGCCGUGUCGCUGGUCUGCGUCAGGCCGGACGGCGCGGGCGAGGCGGCGCCCCAGUUCCGGUGCAAGCUGUCCGUGGAGCGCCCGGCGGGCGACGACAAGGACAACCUGGUCCUCAUGACCUCGGCGGUGAGCAGCAGCGCGCUGUCCACCGGCGCGCCGGCGCCGGGGCAGGGGAUGUUCUUGGCGGUGCCCCAGGAGCUGCUCUCCGGCGACACACUGAUGCUCAGCGUCCGGAUUGAUCUGAUCCGACCGGCCGGCGGCGCUCCCAAGUCUGCUACACCACAGGCCAGGACGCCGAGGAGGAUGCAGUGAAGUAUGCGUUUGAUAAUCUGAUGUUAACUUAGAUGGCUUCUGAUGGUUUACUUGUUUAAUGCAAGAUAAGAGUAGUAGUACGUAUGACGAACUGUUCAAUUCAGUGGAAGUAGUGCAGCUAAGCUAUGGAUGAUUAGUACGAGUGUAUGAAUGAGACUAUGAAUUUUUCUGGCUUCUGACCACUUCAAUUCAGUAGCAAUGCAGCUAAGGGUAGCAGUAAUGUAGCUAAGCAAGGAUAGGAAUGCUUCACCCUUUGUUCUGAACAAAUAGCCUAAAUCCUAUUCAUGCCUCCGACAAGUAUUUCUGGACGGAGGAAAUACUGGCAGUAAUGCAGCUACUGGUUUGUA